AUGUUUGGCUGUGGCCGGCCUACGUUCUUCCGGCCGGUGCCCAACAAGCGAUCUUCACUGCGUAGGCCGGAGAGGAGCUGACCCGAGGUGCGGACAGCGUUUUCCCAGGCCACGGGGUGGGUUGUAUUCCGGUCGUUCUCGUUGUUUUCGUAAGUCAGAGUACAGCCUCGUCACCCCGGCCGUGAUGACGACGGUGGCGUUUCCUUCACGGGCUACGGGACGGUCCGUAUUCCGGAGAGUCUUUGCCGCCGGAAAGGUCGACCGCUGCCGGUAUUCCUCAGACUACUGUAUGGUGAAAAGCCUAUUAAAAAACACGGUCUUUAUAUUCGAAAAAAUUGAUUUCAGGUCGAAAGGGGUUUAUCCGGAAUACCGAUGAUCCACAAAAAGGAGAACACCAUCCCGGCCCUUGCGGAACAAGCACGGUGGACCUAAGAGAGACGUUGUUCUCGGCGGCAAGGGUUCGCCGGAAUACGGACUUCGCGUGGCCCGUGGAGAAGACGCCGCUGUCGACAUCGCCGCCGGUGUGA